CUUUCCCGCAUAUCGGGAACCAAUAUCCAUACUCAAACCAAUGAUGAGCAAUUCGUAGAUUAAAAAAAGGUGUAAAGAUGCAAUCUGCAUCUGCAAGUCAAAUAGGAAGCGGAAAAGGAGUAGAAGGAAGUCGAUCGGGUUUGAGUGGGAAGAGGCAAAGAAGUGAAGAAACUUCUCCAACGAGCACAAAAAGCGGUGCUUCCGACUUGAGAAAUUCUUCUUCACCUAGAAAACGAAGAAAGUCCAGUCGAAAUGCAGACCAAGAAACAUUACCUAAAGUAGAGGAGAACAUAAAUCAGAUACCAGUGGGAUUGCUGGAUUUGCCAGUGGAACUGUUACAAAGCAUUUAUCUUUAUGCAAAGAAUCCCAAUUUCCCUGCAACGAAUAAACAUUUGUUCUCAACUUUCAGUGGAAGUUCUGUAUCGUUCAAGGCAAAAUAUUUGUUAGCAAGAUGGCAUGAAGCAUACUGCUAUGGAUUCCAACCAACAGUAAAGCAAGGAUCCUUGCGCAAAUCCAAUUCGACAGAAGUCAAUCAACGGCCACCGCUACCGACUACACCUUCUUCCGACUUACUGGCGAAUGGUCUACUUCCCGAAUUAAGCUGGCCGAGUCGCUUCAUACCAGUCCUGCCUACCAACGAUUUUCCUUAUCCAAUGAGUAACGCUUUUCAUAGAAGCGCAGAUCAUUUCAUUUUGGAUUAUUGUCUAAGGUAUCGUCUUUGCGAUGUGACAGUCUUGCAUGCAGUCGAAGAGAUCAUCUUGCAUCAAAAGGAAUUUGGAAAUAUCGCAAUAGCCACCGGACUAUGGCGGGAUCAUGACGGAUAUCUUCAUCCGCAUGAGCCUAGGCGGAAUGUAUCCCAUGUUGCGGCCAGAAGCGAUGCAAAUGACGCCUCUUCAAUCUAUUCUGCCAGAGAUGAUGAAAUGGAAGCUAUGGAUGUGCACAAUGCUUUACCUGCUCAUUUGAGGAUCACAGAGAUUCCAAAAAGACUCUUUCAGUCUCUCAAAGCAGGCAGUCUCUCUAAAGAGGUCAGUGAUACGAAUCCUCUGCCAUUCAACUUUCGGGAAUACGUCAGCGAUCUUGAUCCUGAUUUGGCAAAGCAUCUGAGUGCUUUCGGCGGCAUAGAUGGAAACGGACCAUUUCCUUCCCACGCUUCCUUGCUUCUAUUGUUAUCAAUCGCUGCUAUGCACGUUCCCACAACGACUGCGUUGCCCUCUGCUUCGGCUCCAUUCAACUCAUUCGAAGGUCUCCCACUAGCCAAAGCUACGUUUGCAAGAAGUACUUUUAUGGUGCAACUCUUAUUGUCUUUAGGCGCAGAACCUUCACGUAAGGCAAGUUUGUCAUUAUAUAUCGCCAUCCGAAGCGGUUGGUUGGACGGUUUGAUUCAACUAGUCGAAAGGGAUGAAGCAAAAUUUAUAGAAUGGCAAUCGGCUUUGGACGGAAUACGAGAUUGGUUCCGGAAAAGGGAGAACGAUCAGCGAGGGCUGAAAUGGAAAAGCAGUAUAUUCCAUGCAUUACCUCAACAGGUACCAACGGAUGCAAGAGAAGGUCACAGAGAAUCUUCUCAAGUAUCUGCAAGCAUCAGCACCGCUAUGAACGGACAGCCUCACCGACUUCCAGCACCCGUCUCAAACGUGAAUUCUGCACAGGAAGCUCCUUCAACACAUCAGCAAGACGGCAUCUUGUACGUCACUCCAACGUCUUCUUUCAAACGAAGGAGAUUGCUAGAUCGUGCCAAUUUAGACAGCAAGAUGCUAAAAGAGGCCGUAAAACACAACAAUUGGUCAGUCGCAAAUUGGCUAAGAUCAAAAGGCAUUGUGCCUGAUCUGAGAACAAUCAAACUGAUCGAAAUGAAACAAUCAUCCGGUCAAAUUGGUGGUAAUUUGACAUGAACCCUACUCUAAUCAGCACUUUUUAAUGACACACACUGUACACUAGACAUUGAGACAAAUA